UGAAACACACACACUCAUAUAUAUAUAUAUAUAUUUUUUCAGAGAGCUACAGUUCUGCAGCUAAUUUCUUUGUUGCUUUACUUCCUGUUUUAUUUAUUUGUUGCUUUACUUCCUGUUUUAUCUAUUUGUUGCUUUACUUAUAUUUUGUGGAAAUACAAGCUUCCCUGAUCUUCUGUUGAACUGUUGUAAAUAAAGCUUCUGUAUCUUCGAUCUCUCACUGACAAUUUCGUCAUCGUGUGCUGUAGUCAAGCUUUGAAUGAUAACAAUAGACAUAUGAAUUAUUCUAAUACUGUUAAAUAUUGGACUAAACUUGUACAUAUGAGGUGUUAAAUACACAAAAUCAAUUUAAUAAAUCGAUAAUGAUUUUCUGGGUUAAACUAAAUCAGAUAAUUACAAAUCUUCUGAAGUAAAUAUUUUACAGUAGUAAUUUUAAGAAGUGAGAUAGAAGCUUGGUUCAUUCUGAAAGCGCCUCAGCGAGUCCAAUAUUUUCCAGAAUUCACCGCUUUUGUCUUGAUCGAUGCAAGAGGGGCAACUUUAACAUGUACAGGAAAUCUCUAUUCUGUUUAAUAGAGCGUAUCUUAAUAGGAACACUAGGCGGUCUACCGUGUAGCAUUUGAUUCUCGUAUUGAUUAAUUUGGCAAAAUGAAACUUCUUUUGUAAACGCUAUUGUGACAGUACUUUCUAUUGGCCGUGUUCCACGACUUGGUCAUGCUUCUAUAACUCAUCUAAUGGACAGCAAGGUAAAUCAUGCAGACAGGUAACUAUCGAUUCAAUGAAAUCCAACACCUGACGCAUGCGUAGAAUUUUGUUUUGAUGCACCUGAACGAAGAAGACAUUGCAUCUGCCAAGUAGCCAUUUUCUGUUUCUCGUCGAGAUAAUAUUAUUGGAGUAUACUAACCGUAAACCACGAUGAAACUCGGUCGAAAACUGAAGAUUUUUGCGGUAAUUACCUUUAUCGGCGUGGUUUUGAUGACAGUAUCUUUUGUCAGCCCAGGAUGGACCAGUGUUUCCAUACAGGAUAAACCCUCGGAGAUGUCGCCUUUCUUUUUCCACACUCCUCCCGAUGAUCGAGAGGAAGUACACCUGUCAGCAGGACUAUGGUAUUUUACCGUCUGCUUCCACGAUUCCAAAAAUCGUUACAUGACACCUCUUCCGUUUGAGAUGACAGGAGAAAGGGAGUUCCAGGACGAUAGCUGGAUGAUUGAUAGGCGAGAAAAGUCUAAGAGGAAGAAAUGUCACGUGACCACAUACUACUGUCACCGUGAAGCUCCAUUUAUGUAUUCAUUCCCAAAUUCUGUGUACAAGGAAGUGAAGGAGCUGGGUAGACACGGGCUGUUGGAAUUCCAGAUCAUCUCGUCAGUAGGGAUGUUCUUUGGAGUCCUCGGUUUCAUUGGUACCAUCUUGUACGCUCGCAGUGUAGCGAGAUCCCGAUGUGCGGGAUUACUGGCGUGCAUCAGUCUCAUCGUCUCAGCGGGAACCUACAUCGCUGUCGUCGUAAAGACCAUUACUGUGACCCAGAGCUACAAGCUUCUUUACUCGCAUCUCUACAGCAACCCCCUGCAUUUUCACUGUCCGUGGGCUCUCACUAUCGGGGGUGUUGGAGGCAUCCUCGUCCUUGUUUCUGCUGUUGCACACUUGUGCAUCCUGUCUAGAAACAAAGCCAUCGAUGACGUACACGUUUACCACAUUCACAGAGGGACCAACCAGGGCAUCUUCUCUCAGCAUCCAUACACAACCAUUGCACCGCCCGGUUACACUGCAGCGGUUGGGUUGAAAAUCCCUCUUGUCAACGCUAUAGAGGCAAAUGAGGGGGCGGGACCCCUUCCAGAGAAGAAGUGAAUCUUUUUUCAUCAUUGUUUUCGAAGAGAAAACAGCUCAUGUGCUUUUGUCUCAAACUGCUGAAUUCCUGAUUUGUUAAGAAAUGACCAUUGUCGUUUAUUAAUUUUUUAAUCUGAAGUCGAAAAUAAUUUGUCAUAUAAUCGUUUUUAACUUCAGAUUGAAAAUUAAUAAACGACACCAAUAUUAUCCAUGAUAGCAAAUGACACUUUAAAAACUUGAAGCCAUCCAUGUGACUUAUCAUAAACUCAUAAUUUUUGUACUAUUCAUUUAACUCUUGUGCAUGAAAUACAUACAUAUAAAAUGUUUUAAAAGUUUAUUUUAUGACGUAACGAGCUACUGCA